AUGUCGCCUCUCGCCCGCAUGCAGUCCAUCGUCUUCGCCUCCUCCGGGGCGUCCUCCAAUGCCGUCGAUAACAAUGCCACCGCGUCCUCCAGCGGUGCCACCACAUCGGUCCCCCCUUACUCGUCGUCCGACACCAAUCCAGCCAAGUUCAACCAACAGGAACCUCGCAAGGGGUCCUUCCUCAACAUGAUGCGCCGCAUUCCCCUUCCUGAGGAAAGGAAGACCAUUCCUGCGCCUUCUGCGCGCAUCAUGGAGAGGCUCGCCCGGCUCAAAAAGGACGCGAAGAAAAUGGUUACCGUGAAGCCUUUCAAGGUUUUCGCCAAACGACGCGCCGAAGGCCGCAAAAUCGAGCGUCCUGUUGACCAGGACCUCAAAAACCUCCAUCAGGCGCGCUCGAAGCGCCGGUUCCUCGUCACCACCCCGUCCAAGCAUCUACGCAAAUUGAUCAUCAAGCUCAUGGAGGACCCGAAGUGGAAUGCCGGAGAGUUGGCACAGGCCGACGUUGAUAAUAUCCUCGACCGGAAGACUCAGCUGGAUAUCCAGCUGGUCCUCACCCACUUCCUCACCUACAGGAAGAACCCGCAGCUCAAAGGGAAGGCUUUGGGUCCCGAGCUGAUGGGCCUCUAUCAGCGCUUCUGUCGCGGGGAGGAGGUGAAAACGGUCGUUCCGGCCAGGAGGACUGUCGUGCCUCGCCCACCUCCCCAGCCUGCGGUUGUAGUUAUCCCCGCGGCCCCAAAGGUUGCUCAGCAACCUGCAAAUACCAACGGUGACGACACCGAUGACGGGGGAGACACCGACACGGAGGAGAAGGCCGUGUCUGUUAAGAAAGAUAAAGGCAAGGCUCGCGCCAUCAUCCAGCAAAACGGUGGCGACACCGAGCCUGAAGACAACGGUGCGGCUACCAAGAUGGACAAAGAGAAAGGUCGCGCCGUUGAGCCAGCGGACGGUGGGGACACCGAGCCGGAAGACAACGCUCCGUCUGUUAAGAUUGACAAGGGCAAAGGUCGCGCCAUUGUUCAGGAUGGUGGAGACACCGAACCUGAGGACGGCGGUGACACGGAUAACGAAGACAAGGCCCCAAAGCCUGUCAUCCAAAUUAACAAAGGAAAAGCCCCUAUGGCAUGGGGACAACGUGCCCAGACCAUUGUCUGGGGUAAUGCCAACGGGGGAGACACUGACCCCGAAGACGAUGCCGACACCGAGGGUGAUUAUAAUAGGCCCUCGAGCUCCAAGGUCAAGUUGAAGAGGCGCAAGGCCCCAAAGCACCGCAAGCGCCCUCAAGUCCUUGCACCAGUACACGAUGGCGAUACCGACCACGAAGACGCGGCUCCCAGUCCGGUCGUCCGAACCGCCGUCCAGGCUGAGGCUGACCCUCCAAUUCCCGAUACGAGUCGCAACACCCCGCCUUCCUCCCAGUUGUCGCCCGAGGAAAUGAACGCCCACCGGGAAAUGUACCUUCGGAAGGUCGACAAACACCUGAUGAAGGUGAUGAAGGCGAGGAGGAAGAGGGCUUACGGAGACAAGGCGAUGCCGACCAUCGACGAGGAGGAGGGUCCCCACCCUCGAAAACCCGUGGCGAGAAUGAGGGAAGCUUCAGUUUGCACCACUACCGUUUCGCCACAAAACAUAACUACAACAGAUACGGCCACCGAGGCCACUCCCCAGACCCAAGUGGUCGGGAACGACGCUCCAGCAGCAGUAUCCGUUGCGAUGCCUCGUGGCGAGCAACGUUUGGAUGGCGAGCAGCCUGCUCCUGUCCAAGAUAAUGAUGCGAUGGAGGUUGAUGACGCUUGCAUUAUGGCAGGCAGCAAGCGAAGGGCGGAGGACGAAGAGGGAGAGGAGGACGAAGAGGAGAAGAAGAGGAUUGUGAGGCGUCGAGUUGGGAACGAGAAGUGGGUUCCCGGUGCUAAGUUCGAGAAGCCCAGGGAGAAGAACUGA